AUGGUCGGCGUUCCUGGGAAGUACAAAGGCUGCAAUACCUGCCGAGCUAGAAGAGUCGCGUGCGACAACGGAAGGCCGUUUUGCAAGAAAUGUACAGAUUAUGGCCGCGAAUGCGGCGGAUACGAGAGGGAGACCGUAUUUAUAGUUGGCACUCAGGACGACAAAGGGAGAUGUUCGUCUCAUCCGCCGCGGAACCAGCAGGGCAAAAAAGCCAAAGGCAAGGAGAUUCAGCAAGCAGAUAAGCUAGAUUUUAUCGCUACCGAGCCGUGGCAGCCCGGGUGGGUCGAUGUCAUUUCGCUGUCGUCGGCCGCCGGGUCGCAUCGCGUUCGAUUUGUUGCUCUUCAGACGGACCUCGACUCCGCGAUUCGGCCGGGAAGCGGGUCGCCACGCAGAGACGACGAGGUCAGGUUGUCACUAAAUGGUUCCCGCGCUCUCGACGUAAACCCGACGUUCGGCCGCGAACCUUUUAGCAUAAAGUCUCGCUGUCUCAUCCAUCUACCUCCGAAGAGUAGCAAUAGGCAAGCGACUAGCGCGGAAGGGCUUUGCGUAUUCUUAUACGAGCAAAACUCCUCGGCCGCUUAUAGUAGCGAGGCGCGUUGGAAAGCCUCUACUACCCUUCCCGACCGGAUCCGCGACCGGGGCCCCGCCGCGUACCAGUUUUUCCCGGAGCACCAUUUCUUUGCUCGGGUGUAUAGGCCCAGCGCUAUUUGGGCGGCCUUGCUUAACCGUCAGCCGACCUUCCUUUGCUCUCCGGAGUGGACCGUCGUACCAUGGGAACGACACCCUAGAACGCCGCUCGACGAGCUACUCGACAUAGUCGUUCUCUUACCAUCAGUUUUCUCGCAAGUGAGCCGCAUAACAUCCCAAGACGCGUCUCUCUCGCGCCACCUAAAGGAAAAGGAGUUUUUGGACAGCUGCGUCAACAUCGAGCAGCAAUUUGAUAUCUGGUAUAGCAUGCUGCACCAGAGAGUGAGCGAGUCGGGAUCUAUGCUACACUGGACAGCAGACGCGACGCAUUACGACGCGCAUGUGCCCUUCUCUAACGUGUUCAACUUCCCUUCGCCGUUGAUGGGGCUGAUUCACGUCUACUACUGGGCUGUUCUUAUCAGCUUUCAUCAGUGCAUAGAUAUGAUGCUGAAUAUCAUCGUCGAAUCUGAGGGUAAGAGCCCUUCCGGCGAUUUCGGCAUGCUGUCUGUGAUACCGCUAGGGAUAGAUAUCCAGAAAUACCAGCCUUCUAAGAGAAGAAUCCUCGCAGAAAAUGUGUGCCGAAGCUUGGACUUCGCCCUUCAAACCACGGUGCAGCCGGAUCUCUUAGCUGCUCCCCUCUGGGUUGUGAACGAGUUCUACGAUGGAAUCGGACACUUUGGAGACGGCGAGCUAGAACGCCUAUGGUGUGCCGGCUUUAAGGGUAGAUUGGAAGCAAAAUGUCGCGAAGUAAGUUUAUGCUUGCAAGAGAACAAAUGGGUUGAUGUCAAGCAGUUUGGAUAG